CAGCGUGACUAAAUUAUUUUUUAUUGGUUGAAGUGUCGACAUUCUACUUUCUACUCCCUACUUGUCAUUGCUCAUUCCAUUUUGGGCUGUAAAUCAUUGAGCUAAUGCCAAAGUCCAGGCCCAAGUUUACCAAUCCAAGUCUUAUCUAAACAACGGAUAGAAAAGCCAAAGACAAACGGCGACCAUGCCGGUGGCGACACACCCUUCUGCUGCUCUGCAACUCCACAACCGAAGAUUCAACUCGAACUCUUUCUCACCGUCUCUCCUCCGCGCACGUCGGCGCCACGCAUUUUCCCGGCGGAUUGUUAGAAUUACGGAAUCGUCUAAUGGGACCGCCCUCGGCGUUAAGGCGUACAUGGAUGAGAGCAACUCCUUUUCCGGCUUUGCCAAAAAGGUCAUCGGUUCGCUACCUGUGAUCGGACUCAUCGCCAGAAUCGUCAGCGGAGAGGGCGGAAUCGGCGGAGAUUUGAUCGAUUUUGCCGAGUUCAGAAGGAGAGUGGGAAACAAAUCUUCCAUCACCGAUUCAGACGCUUUCUAUGAAUUUCAAGAUCUGAGAGGCCGGGCUGGGGAUCCUUUGCAUGUUCUAUUAUGCUGCUGGCUAGCUGCGAUCGGUGCUGGUCUGCUAAAAUCCGAGGAGAUACUGGACGGGGCUGCAAGGCUUCGUUUAUCGAACGAUAUUGAGUUCGAGGAGCAAUAUUUCAUGGAUAUGAUGAAGCAAGCAAGAAUGAAACGAGAAAAACUGAGGGCUCCAAACCCGAGCAUACCCAUGGAAAUCAGAGCCGAGAAAGCAGUUGAUGCGAUUUACGUGUGCUGCUUUGGGAUGGAUCCAAUGGGAGAAGAAGAACAAAGGCUGCUAUGCAUCAUGCUUGGGGCUGUUUUUCCCACGGUUGGGAAGCAGGAGGUGGAGAGGAUUGUGAAAGCAAAGGCAAAUCGAAUAGCAGAAGGAUCAGAGGAUGAAGCCAAACUUCGUGCGCCCAAGUCACUGUCGAAAGAAGCUGUCCGGAUUCAAUUGAAGGAUUUGGAAUUUCUGAAGCGACAAAACGGCUUUGGGAUUGCAAGAGAUGCAGACAAUUGACUUAUACAAGUCGGCAAGAAUGCCAUGCCAUAAAUAUCUUGAGAGCUGAGGUAUGUAUGAGAACUAUACAGACCUAGAUGAGAUGAUCAGUGAAAUUCCGAGAGUUUGAAGUUAAAAGAAAAUAAUUCCCAGGCCAGAAUCUUUAUCUCAUUUGUUGUAUUUAUGCUUAAAUAUUGUAAAUCUUGCAUAUUUGUGUUGAGCUCUUAAGACCACCUGCUCUAUAAUUAUUUCUUGAAAGAGUGCCCAAGUACAAAUCAAAGCAUACCAGCAUA